AUGAGCGCACAUCCAAGCCAUUCGCCUAUCCCAGGUGAUAAUCCUAAUUACUAUGCCGAACUAAGCGGGAGUGAUCCUCAGUCAGCUCCAUCCCAGUCUGGCACGACUCAGGAAGGACAACACAGCACCGACCCGACUUACUACCCACCACCGCCGCCUGGCCCUCCUCCAGUUACUCAACAUCACGAUCAUUAUCCGCCGCCUCCAGGUCCUCCACCUUCAAAUUUAGACCAACCGCACUACCCGCCUCCGCCACCGGGCCCCCCUCCGAACCAGGUCUAUAACCAGGUCUAUACACCAUCACAGGAGAACCCGAGCUACCCUCCGCCAAGCUAUUCGGAAUUCGAAGUCGGAGCCGGAGCCGGAGCCGGACCCGGGGUUAUAGUGACUGAUGAAAAGCCACCAGUCCUUCCACCACGCCCCCUCUCAUCGCAAGGAGAGCAAUCGGCGCCACAUUUCCCUCCCCCUCCUACUGAGGCUUCUCUCCCUCACGUAGCUGCAAGUCUUCAUCCCGUCCAGCAGCACCAGCAGCACCAGCAGCACCAGCAACAACCGUCUACAACAAACACGGAUGCUCCCGCUUCUUCUACGUCAAAACCGGGCUUCGGGCGUAAGCUAUAUGAAUGGGGUAUAAAGGUCGGUACCCCUAUCAACAAACUAACGAACAAGCUUGGUUCUGAAGCCUUCAUGCCCACAAGCAUGGACAAGGAAUGCGAUAAGGCGGCGCGUAUUCUCAAGAGUUUUUGCAAAGACGGCUUUUACACCACAGCAUCCGCAUCAACGCAAGGUACCCCAUCCUCAGGCCCAAGCGGCAAGCCCAAAGCACUAGUAAAGAUCCCCCAGUCUGUGAUCGCUAACGCGAAGGGAUUGGCGAUCUUUACCACCUUCCGGACCGGGUUUCACAUCUCAGGGGCAGGCGGUGCAGGGCUUGUCGUCGCCAGACUGCCGGACGGUAGCUGGUCACCACCGGCCGGAUUCCUCGUGCAUACAAUAGGUGCGGGAAUUGUUGCUGGGCUUGAUAUAUACGAUUGUGUGUGUGUACUCAACACGCCUGCUGCCGUUGAAGCUUUCACAAAACCGCGCUUCAGCUUGGGCGGCGAAGUCGCCGUAGCGGCGGGGCCCGUGGGCGUAGGGACAAGCGUCGAUGCCGCGGUGGGAAAGGGGGCUAAACCAGUGUGGAGCUAUAUGAAGUCGCGGGGCAUUUACGGCGGCGUGCAGGUUGACGGGACGGUGAUUUUACAGCGGCCUGAUGCAAAUGCAGCCUUUUACGGAACAGGCCAGAUCAGCGUGGAUAAGAUUCUAAAGGGUGAGGUCGGAGACAGUAGUCAUAGUGGGAAGAACAAGAAUGAAGAUAUCGUGAUGUGGCCCGAGGGCGGAAGGCAACUAAUGGAGGUGCUAAAGGCGGCUGAGGGUAAGCGUGCCGAUGAGGGCAUCAUGAACAAGCUCGGUAACCAGCCUACCCCUGGGGAUCUCGCCCCUACACCUACACCUUCGCCGGGUCCCGAACAGCAGCAUUUCCCUCAGAAGACGGAUGCAGAUGCGGCGGAAAAGUCAAGGUUCGCCUAG